AUGUCGUCUUUUACAUCAUUAACACUCGCACCUACACCUCUCGUCACGUUCAACAUUGCCACGCCGAGCAGAACACUGGACGCUAUAAGAGCAAGCGGUGGUUUCAACGUACACGUCCUAUCAGGGGAUGAGCGGGGCGCAAAUGUUGCGAGUCACUUUACAAAAGGCAAUUUUGGAGGGAAUGCAUUCAAGGGACUGGAUUACACCCAAGAAGGCGACGAGGCGCCUGUACUAAGAGAGGACGGCGUCAUGUUUGCUCUUCGGUGUAGGGUACUCCAAGAUGCGCCAGAGGGAGGGCUCUUGAGAGUGAGAGAUCAUGUUAUUGUUGUGGGAGAGGUUGUAGAGAUGGUGAGGGUUGCGGAAGAGGAGGACGAGGACUUUGGGCUUGUCUAUGCGGAUAGAAAGUAUAGAGAGGUUGGAGUGGUGUUGGAGAU